UUUUUGCAAAUCACAGUAACGAAAGAGGCACUUAUCGUAAAUCAAAUAGGUUCAGUUUUAAUCAAACAGUGAAAGCGUGACUAGAUAUCAAGCACAGUAAUCAUAUCAUUUGGGUUUAUUCCGUUUUCCCUUUGAAUAAGGUCUCCAUUUAAAAUUAAGCGCGGGAAGUCAGGGUUAUCUUUUAAAAAUUUACGACACGACUCCACUUUUAUUGAUUGACUACCAAAUAACUACCCACCCAUACACACACACAUACCCAAACACAAUUUUUCAGCCAAAGAAUAUUAUACCCAGAGAUUUAUAGGUAGAUUAUGAGUCACUCUACAUCUCCAACUACAAGAAAUUCAAUUUUUGGAUGGGCCAAAGGUUUAAAACGAGGUGGUAGUCAUUUCGUAUCCAAUGAUUCCGUAAAUGAAAUUAGCAGUGAUGAAUCAAUUUCCAGAUCACCUACUAAAGGCAUAACAAUUCAACACUCCCUGUCUCAACCAAACAAUUACACUUCUUCCCAACAAAAUACGCUGUCAUCACAACCACAACAGCAGCAAACCAACAUACCUAAUUUUGGUUCGUCCCCAACUCAACAGGCGUCAGAUUUUCUUCGUCCGCUACUCAAUCACAAAUCUAGAUCAAAUAAUAACAUAAAUAGAGUGAGAUCAAAUUCGCUUAAUCAAUCUGAGAAUAGUUUACGUCAACAUCGUGAUUCCUUUUUACAACAUAAUUCACUCGUGGAUGAAAAUUCGAAAUAUUUUGGUGUUCCUUUACACCAGGCUCUAGAGGAAGCCUCUUCUAAUAUAUCGAUACUAGCAGGUGAUCAAUCCAAAGAGUUACAAUAUGGACAAAUUCCUAUUGUGGUGGCAAAAUGUGGGGUAUAUUUGAAGAAACACGGGCUUGCUGUAGAAGGUAUAUUUAGAGUUGGUGGGUCUUCCAAACGUUUAAAAGAAUUACAGGUAAUUUUCAACACUCCUCCUUCAUAUGGUAAGGGUUUAGUUUGGGAUGGAUAUACUGUUCAUGAUGCUGCCUCUAUAUUAAGAAGAUAUUUAAAUGCGUUGCCCGAGCCAUUGAUUCCAUUGGAAAUGUAUGAAUCUUUUAGAGAUCCAUUAAGGUCGAGGCCAAGAAUCAUAAAUUAUAUGAAAUAUAAAGCAGAAAAUCCAUCCAAGUCAAUAUCGAAUCUCGAGAGUACCAAUUCCAGUGAAGUGUUAGAUACUUCUCAACCGUUGACUGAAGCUAAUAUCGGAAGAUUGAACUGUUCUGAUUCUAAUGGCGAUUUCAAAGAUUCAGAAGAUGUCCCAAUUAAUCCAGUUUUCUCACCAACUGGUCAAUCAGAGCAGCAAGAGAAGCUUCCACUGACUGAAGAUGACAAUGCUGAAAAAUCAAAACGGAAAUCCAAAAGUUAUAAAAAAUUAACCGCAGAUGUUUAUGCUGCUAUUGACGAAUACAAAGAAUUAGUUAACGAAUUACCGGUUGCAUCGAAACAAUUAUUAUUUUAUAUAUUGGACCUAUUAGCUAUGGUUCAACACCAUUCUCAAGAAAAUUUAAUGAGUUCAAGAAACUUGGCUGCAAUUUUCCAACCAUCAAUAUUAUCCCAUCCAAACCAUGACUUGGAUCCAGUUGAGUAUGCUUUAUCACAAUUGGUAGUUGAGUUUUUAAUCCAGUAUGCUUAUAAAUUAUUACCAAUUUAUGCAAACACGACCAAGAAGGAAGAUGAAGAUAUUUUAGUUGGUGAAGGUACAGAUAGUCAAAAGCCACCAGUUACAGAAAUAACAUCUUCAGAAAGUAAUGGUGAAAUUACCCCGAAAGAGCAAGAAGAAGAGGAUGUAAAAUCCGAAGAUUGCAAUAAAUCCAAUGAUAUAGUAGUAGGAUACCAACAUAACGUUACAACAUCGAUCCCAUUUGAAUCUGAUGUGGAUGAAGAUUAUGACUUGUCAGAUGCUAACGAUAUUGGAUCAGAUUUGGAUGAUUUACAUUUCCAGCAGAUUCAUCAGAGUCUGAGUGAAGCUAACGUAAUCGAUGCUUUGAAGGCAAAUCCAAAUUUGGCUCCACCUAUUGUUAUUUCAUCGGCUGAAAGAUUAGCCAAUGCAAAUGCUGUAUGAUUAAAAUGUGAUAUUAUGUUUUUUCGGUUGUUUCUGAUAGUUCUUGUUUUGUAUAAUUUCUUGGUUUGGUUUCUUAUAAAGUUUAUUUAUUAUUCUGAUAUACGUUUUAUGGUUAAUAGAAUGAACGGGUACUCUUU